CCGAUGUUGCAGAAGGGCUGGUUAAAGUCAGCCUGAGCUGGGAAGAGGAGAGCUGUGAUCUGUGUGUUUAUUCUGGCUAGGGUGAGCUGACCUAAGGCUUUGUUUGGAGUAGGAAGGACUUAAGACCUGGAGUUAACCUGUGAACAUGUGCUACAAGUAGUCAGUGUGCUAGAGGCAGUAUCUUUUAUUACACUAACUAGACAGUUGCAAAAAAAAUUGUAUUCUUAGACCAACACGGUUAAAACCUGUAUCCCUGAAACGUGCUAUGGCACACGAUUGAAAGUCCUGUGUAGAAAAGCAUGUCAGCCAGCAUGGUGUGGCUGAAAGUGCAUGCUGCCUUAUUAUCUACACCAGACUUUACGAAGGCAGUUAAGUAGUGAGCAUGUGCUAGCUGUCAUGUGCCAACACCACAUUUCUGAAUCGUACACCAGACUCAGUUCUAACACUUUACAGAACUGAGUGCAGACAGGCUGGUGCAGGCUUUUAACACCUUGGAACUGGUUGUUUUGAAGCCUAGUAGGGGACCGCAGGAUAGAGCACAAAUGUUUGCGAAGUAGAGGGUGCAAACAUGUGAACACGGGGAGCAAGCAGCAGAAGGCCCCAGGGGUCGUACAGCGAGGAGAAAUGACUGUUUCAAACUCUCCUAAUUACCCCUGCUGUACCAUUACCUUGCCGUUCCCUUCUCUUCCCCCUGCAUUGGUUGUUACCCAGCCCUCUCUCAUUGCAGCAGAGCCUGAGAGCUGAUGUUAACUCUGCUUUACUUCUUUUAGUAUGUUAGUAAAUAGCACUUCCCCCUCCUCUUCCCCUCUGUCUUCAGUUGCAGGUUCCCAGGGCACAGGCAGCCUCCUUGCUAAUAACCUAGAAGACACCAGGUGCAGAGCUGUGUGUAAUGUCUUCAGUGCAAUGAGAUUUUGCACAGAUGUCUUAAGCUCACAUCUGCUCUCCCACCCCUUUUUCCUCCUCCUCCCUGCCUGUUCCGAGAGAGGCUCCCAGAGAGGCUGUAGUGGUAUUACAGAUCUAAGCUGGCUGCUCCUUAAAUGCAGAACACCUGGAAGCUUAUGGAAGGAAGCAGCCGGUACUCCUUUCCCAGGAUGUGUUUCUACUUCGUCUGACACCCGUUCAGCCCAGGAAGAAGAGAUGCCACAGUCCAGCAAGGUUCGGGGUCUGAGGAGAAGUGGGCCAGCAGGGCUGCGCCGGCAUAAGCGCCGGUGGUCAUCCCAGCAGGCUACUAGGAACCAGCUGUUGCCACUCCAGCCCAGCAGGACUAGCCAGGAGGAGAGCACACCCUUUGUACUGGACUUGCAGAACCUGCCAGGGUUGGCCAAUGUCAACCUGAGUGCUCAGAACCCAAAUAUACAGGUGACCAUUGAGGUGGUGGAUGAUCCUCAGGCAGAGAUGGAGAUGGACCUGCUGAAGGAGACUAGCAAUGACUGGUCCCUGACCUCCUCUGAGUGGCUGUCCCACAGAGACCUCUUCUGGCCACUCUUCUGGGAAUACACAGACCCCACUGAGGAGGAGGAGGAAGAAGAUGACAACCUAGACAUAGAGGAUAGGGGGGAAGAGGAAGAAGAGGAGGAGGAUUACACAGCAGAGUAUGAUGAAGAGGAGGUGACACUGAGCGGAGUGGGAGGUGACUGGGACCAGAGAUGGUCAGGGCAAAAGAACUGGAUCUUUAAAGAAAAAUAUAAUUAUGACUAUGAAGAUGAAGAGGAAUGGAGUCCUUGGUCCCCCUGCAGUGUAACUUGUGGUAGUGGCAACCAGAAGAGGACUCGGUCCUGUGGCUAUGCCUGCACAGCCACUGAGUCAAGAACCUGUGACCUACUCCAGUGCCCUGGAGCUGAUGGGGAGUUGGUCUUCACUACUGAGACACCAUUUGAGGGGGAGAACACCACAGAGAUGUUCAACUCAGAAGUGGACAGCUGUGAGAAAUGGCUGAACUGCAAAAGUGACUUCCUCACUAAGUACCUGAGCAAGGUGCUGACAGAUCUGCCCAGCUGCCCCUGCUCCUACCCCCUGGAGGCAGUUUACAGUGCUGUGAACCUGCGGGACGAGCACCAUGGCAAGAAUUUCCGGUGGCGGGAUGCCAGCGGGCCCAAGGAGCGGCUGGACAUCUACAAGCCCACAGCCCGCUUCUGCCUACGCUCCAUGCUCUCCUUGGACAGCACCACACUGGCUGCCCAACACUGCUGCUAUGACGAGCACACCCAUCUCAUCACACGGGGCAAAGGGGCUGGUGUACCUAACCUUAUCAGCACGGAGUUCUCCCCAGAGCUGCACUACAAGGUGGACAUGCUGCCUUGGAUUCUGUGCAAGGGGGACUGGAGUCGCUACCACGCUGUUCGGCCCCCCAACAAUGGGCAACAGUGUGCAGAUAACCCCACUGAGGAGGAAUACCUCUCCCAGCUGCAGGAGGCCAAGGAGUACUAGCCGGGCUCAGGCGAGUGAGAGGGGAGCAGGAUGUGGCAGGUCCAGCCCGUAACCUACCAGGAGAACCAGGAAGCCUGUAUUUCCUACUGCAGGGAAAGUCUGCAGGCCACAGUGGCUCUGGAGUUGUCCCUUGCUUAGCUCUCCUUUGGGAACAGAAUAGUCCAAGGGAGGGACAAAGCCCCAGGCCCAGCACCCAGGCUCCCCAUCAGUGCCAAGCAGGGGUGGGGUGUGGAUUUCUUUUAAAUCUGGGUUGUUGCAAUAGCCUUCCCAGUUGUCUGAGGGGCCAAAUUGAUUGUCAUUGCCCAGCUGUUCUGAUGAGGGCAUUCUUUUUUACACUAGCUCGCUCCCUCUUGAUGGCACAGGAGGCAAUGAGUAGCUAGGGGCAGCAGCUGAAGGCAGAGGGGACAUACAAGGGGAAAGGGAGCAGUUCCCCAUAGUUUGCUGUGAAGUAUUAAUUAGACUCCCAUGAGAUGGCUGAGGAGUUUCAGGGUCUUUUUAGAGAAAUGCCCUCAGCUUCUGAUUUGUCUCCUGUUGUUUGAAGCAGCUGUGCUGGUGGAAUGACUGCACUAAGAGUUGCUGCUCUGGUAAAGAUUUAGCAGCUUUAUCUGGUCACAAGAUGCAACUAUGUAAGCAUUUGCCCCAGUAGUCCUGGGUCUCCUCUGAAACCUGGGACAGAUUCUCCUAGGGGAGCAGUGUUAUUGAAAAGUCCUGGUGGCGUGAGUAGAAUGGGGGCUUGUCUCCCUGGAUCUGACAUCUCGCACAUGGAAACUUUCAAACAACUAGUGAAAGGCCUGUACCGUGCUUAUGUGGCUGGGGGAAUGGGAGGAGGGUGUGGGUGCUGAAAUCUUUGUGAAAACAUCACCUCUCCAAGGUGGUUGGGGAGGAUAACAAGGCACAACUAGUGCCAAGGCCAGGGGAAGAUCAGGACAGUGGGACAAGCAGAUAUUCACAUGGGGCAGGAAAAGGAAAUGGUCAAAUGUCCAUUUGUCAAGUGACCACUUAUUCCUCAUUUCCAAAGGGGACAGGCAGGAGGACUUGUUAGAAGUCUCAUCACAGCUCAUGGCUAUACCCUGGCUCUCUCCGGCAGACCAGCUUUGCUGUGCGUGGCAGCGUUAAGGCAUCUGUGGACUAGCAGAUCCCAGACACGUCUUUUUUCUGGCUCAUUUUGGGUGCAUGAAGCAACCCUGUUCUGUGUCUCUGCAUGUCCCCUUGGAAGGAGAAAGAGAAUCUCCCUUCCAAUGCUGAUUCUGCCCUGACUAGGGUUUGCUUCCUGCAGGUGGCAGAUGGUUUUGGCAUGAUAAGGACCACAUGGAGUCCUUACCCUUCUGCACAUAGACACUUCUUUCCUUGAUAUCUCCCUCAGAGAGGUUUUAGCCAGUGUGUUCUCCAACCCGCUUCUCUACUGGAGGAUGGGGAGAAUGAUGAAAGUUGGGCACUGCCAACAGCUUAGCAUCUGGUUAGAGCAGGCAGACAAGCAUCCACCUAUUUCUCUUGGGAACUUUCACUGCCCACGUCUUUUCUUCCUCUCAUCCCAGCUCCUCACAUUCCCAUCCACCUAGCCUCUCCUCUGCUAGGCAGUGGGAGAUGGAAAGUGUCCAAAAGGUGUCCAAUGUCUGGGGAACUGGCUCCAAGGUUGGACCCAGAGAGUGGUAGUUGACAGAAGUGAAUCAACAUGGCACUUGGUGACUAGUGGUGUCCCCCAAGGCUCUGUCUUUGGAUCUGU